CAGCACUUACCAACAUGGCGGCGUGCAGUGUGGAAGAGCUGUUAGCUAAAGCUGAGCAAGAAGAGGCAGAAAAACUGAAAAGUAUCACCGUCCAUAAAGAGCUGGACCUGGAGUUUGAUAUCGGUAACCUGCUGGCAUGUGACAAGAACCGCAUCGAGUCCAGGGAGUUCAGGGAGCAGAAGAAAGAGGACUUUCUGCGGUCGUUAGCUCGUGACAACACGCAGCUGCUCAUUAACGAGCUGUGGAAGCAGCCCACGGAGAGGGUCGAGGAGGCGAUAGUGGCCAAACUACCCGCUGCGGUGACCCCGCUGCCCAGAGAGAAACCACCUCCGAAGCCCAAAGCUCCCACAAAAUGGGAAGAGUUCGCCAAGCUGAAAGGCAUUCAGAAGAAGAAGAAGACCAACUUGGUUUGGGAUGAAACGGCGAAGGAGUGGAAGAGGCGCUGGGGCUACAAGAGGGCCAAGGAUGACACCAAGGAGUGGCUGAUUGAGGUGCCGGUGACCGCAGACCCCAAUGAGGACCAGUUCGCCAAACGCAACAAGGCCAAGAAGGAGAGAGUGGCUAAAAAUGAGUUCAACCGGCUGAAAAACAUCGCCAGGGCGCAGAAAGUCAAAGUGCCCGGCGUGGGGCUGACCCCCACAGCCCAGCAGUCCAAAGACGACCUGGCCAGAGCUGUGAGCGUGGCCAAGACCUCCACAGCAUCCGCGGGCAGGUUUCAGGACCGCCUGCCUAAAGAGAAAGCACCCAAGAACCAGGGCAAGAAGAGGAAGUUUGAUCCCAUCAUUGGCAACUUUUCCAACGAGAAGCAGAAGCAGCUGGAGCUGCUCAAACUCAUGGACAGCAAGAAGCCCAGGCUGGACAUCACCAAGGCUGUCAACAAGCAGAUGAGAGAGGAUGACAGAGAGGAGGCCGCAGCCAAAUACAAGAAGGGAGCAGGGAAGAAAGGUCGCAAAGGCAACAUGUCAGGAAAAGGAAAAGGAAAAGGCCAGGGGAAAGGUGGGAAAGGCAAAGGAGGUAAAGCAGGAGGAGGAUUUGGAGGAGGUGGAGGAGGGAAGAGGAGAGGUAAACCUGGGAAGCGUUGAGGACUCUUGCUGUAGCAGUUUGUGCCUUGGCAUCAAAACAUUGGACUGGACUUUAAUGAUGCAAUAUGAAAAGACUGUUUGAUUAAUCUGUGAGUGAUGAGUGUGAUGUUGUGACUGUCUCUGUCACUGUUUAAACUGUCACCACAUCUGUAAAUAUCAGCCUCAGUAUUCAUGGAGGCCAGAUGAUUAAUACAUGUCAUAUUAAUGGCAAAUUAAAAUCAGUACAUUGCGUUUUCA